AUGAGCUUCGCGUCUCUACGCCGAGUCCUCAGAUCAGCUCGUAAGGGACUCUGCGCAACUUGUUCCAAAACUCGCUAUCCUCAGCUGGAGGCUGCAGGAGCAGGUCAUGUUGGCUGUCUCAUAUACACCCUGGAAACAAUUGGUACUCUCAUCAAGGAUGAUCAUGAAGUGACAGCUCUGCAUGUUGCAGCCAGGAAAGGACAGAUAUCCGUCCUUAUUUACUUGGUUGAGAAUAAUGUUGUGAAAUCUGGUGAUGUCUUUAAAGCAAGGAAUGGAGCCACUCCAGCCCACGAUGCAGCAGGAACAGGUAACCUUGAGUGUCUACGAUACCUUUUGAGCAGAACGCAAGCUGGUCCUAAUGACCUUGACAACAAUGCAGCAACUCCUCUUCAUUGGGCAGCACAGAGUGGCCAUCUUAAAGUAGUACAAUGGUUGGUAGCUGAAGCUCUAGCUCCUGUUGAUGCUGUUGCUAAAAAUGGUGUUACUCCAUUUCAUUUAGCAGCAGCAAAAAACCAUCUCGAUGUCCUUCGUUGGUUAGUAGGGUUUGCCUUUCGUCAUCACAAUCAACCAAUGAAGCUUGUCAAUGCAAAGGACAAAAAGCUGGCUCUACUCCACUGUACCAUGCUGCUCACGCCGGCCAUAUUAACAUUGUUCACUGGUCAUGGAGCUAAGCUUCAGCGCAGUAAACCCACUCAAGGACAAAUGAUGGACAAAUACAGACAUGCUCCACCACACAUGACUCUUCAUGAUCUAAUGGACAAGGAAGAGAUAGAGCUUCUGAGUCAGGAGCAAGAAACUUUUGAAAAUGAUACCAUUAUGACAGAAGCUGAACAGAAACGUCGACGUUUGAAGAGAAACUUGCUAAAGAGGAGGCAGAACGAAAGAGAAAAAAGGAGGCACUUAUGA